GUUUCCGGAGUUUAGGGCCAGAUGUCCUGCAUCAAAACUCAAGGGAUUUUCUACCCAAAAUAAGCUUGAUUGACGCAGGGAAACUUGACCACAGAGUUUACCAGUUCGCUUCAGACGCCAGACUGAACUCACACUUCGUUCGGGUCAAUUCGAACGAUUCUUCAGUAGUACGUCACUCGGAACUGAUAUAUUAAGAGACGUUCACAAAGUCGACCGACUAUGAAGUUGGUGAAGUCGAAUACAGCGUUCGUCUGGUUGGUAUUUUGUGUAGUUUCUCUACACCAUAACCUCGUUUCGUCCAAGGUCAGGAGGUACUACAUCGCAGCUGUCGAAAGAAAGUGGAACUACGCUCCAAGCGGAUACAACAACGUGAAAGGAUUGAAGCUUGGGGAAGAUAGUGAUGCCGCUGUGUUCACCACAAGAGGCGCUCAUACAAUAGGGAGCGUUUACAACAAGGUGCUCUAUCGAGAGUACACAGAUAGUACCUUCACCACGAAGAAGGACCACCCAAAAUACCUCGGCUUCCUAGGGCCCAUAUUGAAGGGCGAGGAAGGAGACACGCUUGAGAUCCACUUCAAGAAUAGAGCCAGUAGGAAGUUCUCGAUGCAUCCACACGGAGUCUUCUACAGGAAGGACUCUGAAGGUGCUUUGUACGAAGACAAGACCACAGGCAACGACAAGAACGAUGAUCAUGUACCUCCUGGCGGAAGUCACGUGUACAGUUGGAAGCUCACGAAUGCUCAUGCGCCAACAGACAGCGACGAUGACUGCCUUACAUGGAUAUAUCAUUCGCACGUGCUGCCCCAUAAGGAUAUUAACACUGGGUUGCUAGGAAUCAUGUUGACUUGUAAAAAGGGAGCUUUAUCCGGCGAUGGACGUAAAGGAGUAGACAAGGAGUUUGUUGGACUUUUUACUGUGCUGGAUGAAAAUGAAAGUUGGCUUCUUCAGAAGAAUAUCGACGAGUUCUGUAGUGAUCCUUCGGGAGUGAAAACAGAUGACGAAGAUUUUCAAGAGAGUAACAAGAUGCAUGCCAUAAACGGUUACUUCUACGGCAAUCUGCCCGGCCUGGAGAUUUGUCUGGGAGAUUCUGUCAAAUGGCACUUGGCUGGGAUCGGAAAUGAAGUGGACAUUCACACAGCUUACUUUCACGGACAGUCUUUCAUUAUCGAUGGUCAUCGCAAAGAUGUAGCCUCUCUUCUACCGGCAACUUUCGUGACAGCAUCUAUGAAAGCGCUGAAUCCCGGAACUUGGAUGUUGAACUGCCUUGUCAACGAUCAUUAUAACGCUGGUAUGUACGCCUUGUACCACGUCACGAAGUGUAAUGGCAAGAGUAAUUACGUGCCAACGGUGAGUGGCGGGAAAACCCGGACGUACUACAUCGCGGCAAACGAGGUACCGUGGAACUAUGGACCAACUGGAAUGAACAACAUGGAUGGCCAGAGUUUGACGAAACCUGAUAGCGACUCAGCUGUGUUCUUUGCUCAAGGUGCUGACAGAAUUGGUGGAACGUACACCAAGGCGUCGUAUGAGGAGUAUACGGACAGUACUUUUUCGGUGAACAAGGAAAAACCGAAACAUCUCGGGUUUCUUGGGCCUGUGAUCAGGGCAGAAGUUGGUGAUGUGAUCGAGGUCGUGUUCAAGAACAACGCAAACCACAACUACAGUAUUCAGCCGCAUGGAGUUUUCUUCAAUAAGUCAAACGAGGGAGCCUUGUAUCAAGAUAGAACAUCCGGGGCUCAAAAAGCUGACGAUAUCGUGCGACCGGGCCAGAAUUACACUUAUCGGUGGACUGUGCCCGAGGAAGUGGGUCCUAGUCAGAGUGACUCCAAGUGCAUCACAUGGUUGUACUAUUCCAGUGUGGAUCCUGUCAAAGACACAUAUUCUGGUCUUUUUGGUCCAUUGCUGACUUGUAAAAAAGGAUCAUUAAAGGACGACAACACACAGAAGAGCAUCGACAAAGAAUUCGUGCUGCUGUUUACUGUGACUGACGAGAGCGCGUCCUGGUAUCACGAAGAGAACAAGAAGAGAGCGACUUAUUCUAAUACAUUUAACGAUGAGGAUGAAGACUACCUUGAGAGCAACCUGAUGCACGGAAUCAAUGGUUAUCUGUACGCUAACCUUCCAGAUCUAGACGUCUGUCUUGGGGACAAAGUAUCAUGGCACCUGAUCGGCUUCGGAAAUGAAGUAGACAUGCACACAGCUUACUUUUACGGAAACACGUUCUCUGAUAACGGUCAGAUGAAGGAUACAGUCAGCCUUCUGCCAGAACACGCUGACAGCAACAAAUUCUAGAAGUGAUGUAGAUCACGAGUUUGCGCUGUUGUUCACGGUCCUGGAUGAAAACGAGAGCUGGUAUUUAGACGAGAACAUUGACAAAUAUUGCACGAGUCCCGGAAAUAAAGAUCAGCUCAAAGGUGACGCAGACUUUCAGGAAAGUAACAAGAUGCACGGCGUGAAUGGUUUCGUGUUUGCUAACGGGGAUGGUUUCAAGAUGUAUCAGAAUGAAAAAGUGGACUGGUACCUACUUGGUAUGGGUAACGAGGUUGAUCUGCAUACAGUCCAUUUCCACGGCCAAACUUUUCUUCGUAAACAUGUCGGUUAUCACCGCGAGGAUGUGUACGAUCUCUUCCCAGGAGUCUUUGCAACCGUGGAGAUGAUUCCAGACAGUGUAGGGGUUUGGUUGCUUCAUUGUCAUGUGAAUGAUCACAUGGUCGGUGGAAUGCAAACGCUUUAUACUGUUUAUGACAAAUCAACUGAUCCAAGCGCCGCGGACCUGACUGCAAGAAGCAGUUUCAUUAUAUGUUUGCUGCUAGCUGUGGGUGUGAUGGUGAUCUAAAGCGAGAAAGAAGACGUCGAAAAGCGAGCAGAUAGUCGCCCUGUGUAGACCCAAGAGCUGGUAGAGGCAAUUCUAGAUUGAAACAGAAGUAGGUGCGGUAUUAACGGAAUCCGCCACAUAGAUGUGUCUUAGACUGUAACAAAACUUCUGGAGAGGAGUUUAGAAACAUAUGAGCCUAUUUUUUCGCCUGCAUUGGGAACUUUCGUUUGGGAAGAGAUAGCAGAGUGUGUUUAGUUUUAAAAACUAACACACUUCUGCUCUCCAGAAAGUAACGAUUAAAACAAAAUUAGGUGCGAUGAUUACAGUAGCCGCCAAAUAGAUGUGUCUUAGACGGUAACAAAGGUUCUGGAGAGGAGUUUAGAAACAUAUGAGCCUUUUGUUUUCGCCUGCAGCGGGAACUUUCGUUCAGGAAGAGAUAGUAGAGUGUGUCUAGUUUUAAAAACUAACACAAUUCUGCUCUCUAGAAAGUAACGAUUUGAACAAAAUUAGGCGCAGUACUAACAGUGGCCGCCAAAUAAAUGUGUCUUAGACGGUAACAAAGCUUCUGGAGAGGAGUUAAGUAACAUAUGAGCCUUUUGUUUUUCGCCUGCAGCGGGAGCUUUCGUUUAGGAAGAGAUAGUAGAGUGUGUCUAGUUCUAUAAAAACCAACACACUUCUGCUAUCUGUAACAAAACUUUUAGAAAAGAGUUCAGUAAAAGGAGAGCCUUUUUUUCGCCUGCAGCGGGAACUUUCGUUCAGAAGGAGAUAGCAGAGUGUGCUUAGUUUAAAAAACUAACACAAUUCUGCGGCAUAGGUGUGGUAAAAAGAGAGUCCUGAAGAAAAAGAGAGGGGAAAGGGGAGAGGUAUGAUUCUCAGUUCCUCCUUCAAACUUCGCCCAUAUCCAACUUCUAAGCUUUUUUAUGUUAAUCUCAGACCGAUUUUCAUAAUUUGUUUUCGAUUUCCAAUCCCAUAAACUCAAAUGUUGUCAGUAGACAACUCCUUUCCAUAUUUCCUCUUCAGGUCUCCUUGUUGCAAAAUACAGCUUUUAAGUACUGUUUGUAUGGCAUGACUGCUGUGUGGGAUUUCAUAUGGACUUCUUUGAAUUUAGUCUGCGUAGCUUGACCAGUGUGUUGAUUACCUAGCAGUUUAUUUUUCAGAAGUUCAAAACAGACAAACUGAAGUUUUUGACGUACAUCUUAAAGUAGUCAGGAAUGAAAAGUAGUUUUUCAACAAGGAUUAAUGUUUUGAGUUAAUAAGCUGAAGUUAGAUGAGAAUCCUCUAAUUUUCGUCUUAUUUUGUUUUUUAAGAGAAGGAACUUGCAUGCUUCAAACUUUGCAAACGCAUAGACAAGUGUUAAAAUAAAGAAGUAAUUCCACGUGA